GAAAAAGAAAACAAGCGCUACUAGAAGAAGAGGCGUGCUUUCAAAAGUAUCUCAACUGAGCCUUAUUGAAUGAAAAUUGCUUUCCAGAAGUCAAACCAUCGUCAGUAAUGCGAACGACUGUGCGGAGCAGACAGCAGUAUUAGAGUGUAUUUCGAGGGAUAAUUUGUCAUGGCUACUACUGAACAAGUUGAAUCUAGUUCUCCAGAGUACAAAGGGGAGCAUGGGACAGCUGACUCUGAUUCAAAGUACCCAUUGAAAGUUCUCUACUGUGGAGUGUGCUCGUUGCCUACAGAGUACUGUGAGUACAUGCCCGAGCCAGCCAAAUGCAGGCAGUGGCUUGAGAAGAACUUUCCAGAGGUAUUUGCCAGGAUGAGUGUAGGGAACACACCCAAGCAGGAAACUGGCAGUGGAGAGGCUCCCCCUGCAGGCGAGGAGGAGGAAAAAAAGAAGCAGAAAAGAGGUGGAAGAGGCCAGAUCAAACAGAAAAGGAAGCCUGUGCCUCAGAAAGUUACGAUAGCAAAAAUCCCAAGAGCAAAGAAGAAAUACGUUACACGGGUGUGUGGCCUGGCAACAUUUGACAUUGAUCUGAAAGAGGCUCAGCGAUUCUUUGCCCAGAAGUUCUCUUGUGGUGCCUCAGUUACAGCAGAGGAUGAAAUAAUCAUUCAGGGAGAUUUUACCGAUGACAUAAUUGAUGUUAUUCAAGAGAAGUGGCCUGAGGUGGAUGAUGACAACAUUGAUGACCUGGGAGAAGUCAAGAAGUGAAGCCCCAAUAUGCACUUUUACUGAGAUGGAUGUGACCUGUAACAACAACAGCCUGGCCAAAUGUACACAUUAACAUUAAAAGUCAUUUUCUAUCUAUUUUAUUUACUGUAUAUAUAUUAAAAAAAAAAAUCUGUUGA